GGCUUACAGUAAAAGCACGUUCAUUUCCAGGCACUCUCAUUCAUAGAGCCAGCGGGCGCAGGCGGGACGGGCGCCCCGCGGCCGGACCCAGCAAGGGUACCACGCUGCCCGGCCCUGCGCCGGCAGGCAUCUCUUCCUGGGGCCCCUGGGGACACCAGAAGAAAGUCAACCUUUGCUGCUUCUCCUUGACCUGCGUUGGAGUUUCGAUUUGUUUUUUUCUUUCUUUCUUACUUUUGAAUGAACUGGUUUCUUGGCUGGAUGGUUUAACUUCUUUCCUGGCUGUGAACUUUUCUCCGGUUGUUUCCUUUGACAACUGCAAGAGAAAGUACGCUGUGCUGCGAGGCGAGCCGUGAAGUUGCGUGUGCGUGGCAGUGUGCGUGGGAGUGUGUGCCUGCGUGUGUAACUCGAGCCGCUCUGUCUGUUUCGAUCUGCGCUGCAGAGCCUCCUGCAAGGCCCGCUCCACCUGCUGCGGUUACGCGGUGAUCGUGGGUAUUGGCGUGUCCGCGUAGUUAACCGGCCGGCUCUGGGGCGACGUUGGAGGAAGAUCUGAUCUCGUACCGCCUGAGUCGGGGCUGACUCAGGGAGUCAGCGUAGACAGUGGCUGGCUUCUGAAGAGUGCGUGUCUGCGUGCGUGUGACUCGGCUGCUGCUCAACUCCCACCAAACCACAGGAUCAGCCACAAACUUAACCAACAUCCCCAAACCCGAGUUCUCAGAUGUGGAGAGCUGUACCCUGAGUGUCAUCGACUUGGACCUUAUUUUAUUUUUUAAGAUUAGCUUUUCUUUGAAAAGCUGAAUUUUCUGAACUGAGAAUUUUGCCAGAAUUGGAGAGAACAUGACAAGUACUUCUAGCCCAGCCCUUCUCCAACUACUGAAGCUGUUUUUCAAGGCUACUUAAAAAAAAUCUGCAGCGAACAUUAAUGGAUUUCUGUUGUGUUUAAAUUCUCUACAGAUUGUAUUGUAAAUAUUUUAUGAAGUAGAGCAUAUGUAUAUAUUUAUAUAUAUAUAUAUGUGCACAUACAUUAGUAGCACAUUUUGGAAGUCUCAGCUCUUGCUUUUGAGGACCGAAGCCUGUUUUGCAUGAUAAAAGUGGCUCUGAAUAUGGAAGACACUCGUGUAUUUGGUGUUGUGUUGGGACUUUAGACAAAACUCACCUGGGAAAAAACUGACAGGCGAUUAACUACUGGAGCUUCCAAACAAUGUAUUUGCUGGUCCUUCUGCUCUCCGCAUAAAUAUUUUAGGAAGUGUAUGGGAAUUUUGCCUCCGGGAACUUUUGUAACAGCUAAAGCUGAACUUAAACUCUCAAAGCAAGACUCAGAAGAAGAUAGUCUCCCUUGGCAUUUGACUUGGGAUUCUGGUCGCCUACUUUUUAAGGCACUAAGCGGUCGGUUGCUAGGAGCCCUGACCGAGUCUGAGGCUCAUCGGCAUAACUAGAACUUGCCCCCUCCUGGACUGUUAGUAAACUUAGUCUUUCCCCUCCCCCAACCCCCCCGCAGCAAUAAAGGCCCCGAACUUGUAUGUUGGUCUCCCGGGAGCUGCUUGCUGAAGAUCCGCGCCCCUGUCGCCGUCUGGUAGGAGCUGUUUGCAGGGUCCUAACUCAAUCGGCUUGUUGUGAUGCGUAUCCCCGUAGAUGCCAGCACGAGCCGCCGCUUCACGCCGCCUUCCACCGCGCUGAGCCCGGGCAAGAUGAGCGAGGCGCUGCCGCUGGGCGCCCCGGACGCCAGCGCCGCCCUGGCCGGCAAGCUGAGGAGCGGCGACCGCACCAUGGUGGAGGUGCUGGCCGACCACCCGGGCGAGCUGGUGCGCACCGACAGCCCCAACUUUCUCUGCUCCGUGCUGCCCACGCACUGGCGCUGCAACAAGACCCUGCCCAUCGCUUUCAAGGUAGUGGCACUGGGGGACGUUCCAGAUGGUACUCUGGUCACUGUGAUGGCGGGCAAUGAUGAAAACUACUCAGCCGAACUGAGAAAUGCUACCGCGGCCAUGAAAAACCAAGUCGCAAGAUUCAAUGACCUCAGGUUUGUCGGUCGGAGCGGAAGAGGGAAAAGCUUCACUCUGACCAUUACCGUCUUCACAAACCCACCACAAGUUGCCACUUAUCACAGAGCCAUCAAAAUCACAGUGGAUGGACCCCGAGAACCUCGAAGACAUCGUCAGAAACUAGAUGAUCAGACCAAGCCUGGGAGCUUGUCCUUUUCCGAGCGGCUCAGUGAACUGGAGCAGCUGCGGCGCACAGCCAUGAGGGUCAGUCCGCACCACCCAGCCCCCACACCCAACCCUCGGGCCUCCUUGAACCACUCCACUGCCUUUAACCCUCAGCCUCAGAGUCAGAUGCAGGAUACAAGGCAGAUCCAGCCGUCCCCACCGUGGUCCUAUGAUCAGUCCUACCAGUACCUGGGAUCGAUUGCCUCCCCUUCCGUACAUCCAGCAACACCCAUCUCACCUGGACGGGCCAGCGGCAUGACAACCCUCUCUGCAGAGCUUUCCAGUCGACUCUCAACGGCGCCUGACCUCACGGCCUUCGGAGACCCGCGUCAGUUCCCCGCGCUGCCCUCUAUCUCAGACCCUCGCAUGCACUACCCCGGCGCCUUCACCUACUCCCCGACGCCCGUCACGUCGGGCAUCGGCAUCGGCAUGUCAGCCAUGAGCUCGGCCACGCGCUACCACACGUACCUGCCGCCGCCCUACCCGGGCUCGUCGCAGGCGCAGGGCGGCCCGUUCCAGGCCAGCUCGCCGUCCUACCACCUGUACUACGGCGCCUCGGCCGGCUCCUACCAGUUCUCCAUGGUGGGCGGCGAGCGCUCGCCGCCGCGCAUCCUGCCGCCCUGCACCAACGCCUCCACCGGCUCGGCGCUGCUCAACCCCAGCCUCCCGAACCAGAGCGACGUGGUGGAGGCCGAGGGCAGCCACAGCAACUCCCCCACCAACAUGGCGCCCGCCGCGCGCCUCGAGGAGGCCGUGUGGCGGCCCUACUGAGCGGCCCGCGCCGGCCGGGCCUCGGCCUCGGGCCUCGGGCCUCCAGGCCUCCAGGCCGCGCCGCCGGACGUCGCCCCGGGAAGAGCCUCCUCCAGGCCCAGCCUUCUGUUCUGAAACCCGCGUGGGCCCCGCCACCGUCUAGGGGCAGCGCGCCCCUGUGACCCCCGUGUCAUCCCCCUGUGAUCGGGGAUCUCGCUCCGGGCCGGGGCCCCCAGGCCGCCUGGCUUCUGAAGUCCGUGCAGUUUGCCGUCGCUGUUGGCCCGUCUCCGAGUUUUCAAACCUGACACAACUUGAGGCUGUCCGCUCCACCACCACGUGGACACGUUGUAAGGCAAACAGGAAGAUUCCCAGAGGGAAACUGUGAAUGCUUCUGAUUUAGCAAUGCUGUGAAUAAAAGAAAGAUUUUAUACCCUUGACUUCACUUUUUAACCAAGUUGUUUAUUCCAA